UAACAGCUUGUUACCCGCACAUCUAUGCUGGCUAAAUCUAGAGUUUUCUCGUAUCCUUUCCUCACACCUCGGAGACCUUUUUCUACUGAUUCGUGUGUCGAGAAGCUGCGGCGAUCAUGGCUAUAUGUUCCAUGUUCAAACGCCAGAAUGCUUGAAAAAUCCACCAUCACUACGUCAGACAUGGUUAUUUACGAUCUAGAAGACAGUGUGGCACCCUCCCAAAAGAGUGUCGCUCUCAACCACCUCCUCAACUUCUUGGUUGAGGACAUAAAAGUUGCUCCGUAUCGAAGGGCGGUCCGAAUCAACGCUAUAGAUACGAAGUUCUUCACACAAGAUGUCCACGGCAUCUUAAGUGUGCCGCGAGGCUGUCAAGUUCAAACAUGGGUUGUUCCCAAGGUGCACUCUGCACAACACCUUACCGAGGUUGGGAAACACAUCCCUAGCGGGCUGAAGUUGGAUGUUGUCGCGAGCAUCGAGAGUGCACAGGCCUUAUGGGCGGUAGGGGAAAUCGCCGGCUGGAAACAUCCAGAUCUGCGUAUAAUAGCGUUACUUUUCGCUGCUGAAGACUAUUGUGCCGACACGGGUGUCCUUCGAUCCAAGUCCCGAAGCGAACUUUUAUACGCCCGAUCCAAGAUUGUCUCAGCCUCCAAGGCCUUUGGGUUGCAAUCAAUUGACAUGGUUUGUGUGGACUACAAAGAUCCGGGAUACCUUCUUGAAGAAUGCCGGGAUGGCCGGGCGCUCGGCUACGAUGGCAAGCAAGCAAUCCAUCCCACGCAAGUGGAAAUUAUACAAUCUACUUUUCUACCAACUGAGAAGGAAAUUGCACGGGCCGCCAAGAUCCUACACGGAAUGGAGCGGGCGCGUAAGGCAGAACUGCGUGGCGCGUUUGGGCUUGAACUAGAUGACGGAGCCAGGGAAAUGAUUGACGAGCCCAUGGUAAAGCAGGCAAAUGCAGUCUUAGCGAAGGCGAUAGCUGCAAACCUUCCGAUCCCAAAAUAAUGGCAAUCCUUCUUUUUCCUCGCAUCAUGCGCCAACAUGCUUUGCACAAUUCCCUGAAUACUGGUGCACAAAAAAUCGGCGUGCCGGAUUUGGAUGAAUGACCAGAUGGGUCAUGUGAUUAUACAAAAAUGACAGAAAAUAAAUG